UCCAUACAAGCAUACAACCACAAUUUACAUGUAAACAUUUUGGUUGACCUCCGUUCUUCAACCUUCGCAGACACACAGUAUAGACGACAACAACAAUGGCGUUAUCAAGGAUGUCAAGUAUCGCCGGCGGUAGCAAAAACUGUUGUAUCUCAUCUUUCAGAAGGUGGGUCCACACCGUCGCACAGCCGCCGUCGCUACACAACGCUAUAGUCCCAUCAAACUUAUCUCCACCGUUGGUUUUCCCUGAAUUUGAAAGAAACCCAGACUCCAUUAAUAAUGAAUUCGGUUCGGGUUCUUAUCUUGGAAUCGGAUCUAUGGAGCUCAUGGCUGUACCUAAAAAGAAGACUUCACCACACAAACGUGGGAUACGAAAUGGACCGAAGGCUCUGAAACCUAUUCCGGUGAUUAUCCGUUGCAAGGCGUGUGGGCGAGUCAAGCUGCCUCAUUUCUUCUGUUGCAGUGGACUUAGGCACACUGAUGGACAAAAUGGUUCCACAAGUUGAUCACAUGUUUUUUCCAAUCGUAUUGGAAAACUUAGACAUAGAUUUAGCCGUGACGCCUUUCUUAUUUGAAAGUUUGUAAACUUAAAAUGGCUAUUGUCUGGUACCGUUUAUAAGAUGGCGUCUAUUCUAUCUUUUAAUUUAUCGUUGUCAGGCUCAUUAGGGUUCAUUGAGUUCAUACUUUCGUUCUUCUCUUGGUUAUUUUUGACGGUGUCUUGAACUCUUGCUGCAUAAGCUCCAUUCUACUGAGAAUAGUUGAUUUUUGGUUUCCUUCUA